AUGGCGGCCGCCGCCGGUGGGCUGCCUGGGAAGGGGCAUGAUAUCAGCCUGGCGGCCCUGCAGCGCCACGAUCCCUACAUCAGUCGCAUCGUGGAUGUGGCCAGCCAGGUGGCUCUGUACACUUUCUUCCAUCGGGCCAACAAGUGGGAGAAGACUGAUGUGGAAGGAACCUUAUUUGUUUAUACAAGGUCUGCCUCUCCAAAGCACGGAUUCACCAUUAUGAAUAGGCUCAGCAUGGAGAACAGGACAGAACCCAUUACUAAAGACCUGGACCUCCAGCUCCAGGACCCUUUCCUUCUCUACAGAAAUGCCACAUUGUCCAUUUAUGGAAUUUGGUUUUAUGAUAAGGAAGAGUGCCAAAGAAUUGCAAAACUGAUGAAAAACCUCAGUCAGUGUGAACAGCUGAAGGCCUGUCAUGGCGCUGGAGCAGGAUCCUCCCCAGUGACCCUGAGUUCAGGAGAGGGUAGAGAAGUAGAUAUCUUACAGAUGCUCACGAAGGCCAAGGAUGAGUACACAAAGUGUAGGAGUUGUUCUGAGCCAAAACAGAUGACCAGCUCUUCCGCCAUCUGUGACAACCCCAAGCUUAUCAAGCCUGUGCCCGUGAGACCCAGUAGCAGCCAGAGGCUGCAAGAGCCCUCUCCCAACAAGACCUCGGACCCUGAGCCCCAACACUUAUCUUUGACAGCUCUGUUUGGGAAACAAGACAAAGCUCCCUGUCACGAAACUCUGAAACCUUCCCAGACCUUCGCCCACCACCAUCACCACCACCUCCACCACCACCAGCAUCAGCAGCAAGAACAGCUUCUAGUUCAUCAAAGAGUUGCAUGCUCCCUGCCCUAUGAAGAGCGCAGAAAGCUCUCACUCCCCGUGGAGAAGCAGCUAUGCCCAGCCAUUCAGAAACUCAUGGUCGGGAACACAGGGCUGCACCUGCUGCCACAGCACCCUGAACAGUGGCCCUGUGAAAGUGGCAGCCCCAGUCGUGUGGGGGGAGUUCCUCCCGGUCCUGUCCAGCUGGGGUCCCCCUGGAACUGUAGGACUGCCCGCUGUGCACAGAGCACUGCCCACUGUGCACAGAGCACUGCCCGCUGUGCACAGAGCACUGCCUGCUGUGCACAGAGCACUGCCUGCUGUGCACAGAGCACUGCCCGCUGUGCACAGAGCACUUGCAGAAACCACAAGCUACUAGAGCAGCUUCACGGUGCCUCUGGGGCAGCGCACAAGUGUAAGCCCUGUGCACCUGCCAGGCCGUCUGCAGCCACUCAGGUGACUCCAGGCCAAAUUGCGGCCCAGUCACAGCUGGUGUACUUCAGUGGUCCCCUUCCUCCUCCCGCACCAGGACAUGAAGCUCUCAGGAAGGAGCAGUGUGUACUCCCAGCACAAGCACUGCCCUUCUCUGGCAACCAGGAGAGCAGCCCCAGUGUGCUCCCCACUCAGGAGCUGCUGAGAAAGCUCCAGGCCGUACAUCAGGAGCAGCAGCUCCAGGCGAUCCCCCGGCCAGCCUUAGCUGCCAGGUUCCCCGUGUCAGCCCAGGGCUCAGGGACAGAAAAGCCCUUGGAAGCCUGGGCCAGCAAGACAGCCAGCGUGGAGAACCAGGCUCCUCUUCUGCAGAUCACCUCAGCUCAGUGUGUCCCUGCUCCAGUGGCUUCUCUGCUGAUGCCCCCUGUGGUUCUCACACAGUCCACCUGUGCCCCACUGAGGGAGACUGAAUCCGGGCUCAUGCCCCUAGGAGGCCAAGAACUUCCUGAUGCCUCCUCCAGCCUCCUUCUGCCCCUGCAGAACUGGGAAUCCUCCACCGUGGCCAGCAGGCCCCUCACCAGGCUGCAGCUCCAGGAGGCACUGCUGAACCUCAUCCAGAAUGAUGACAGCUUCUUAAGCAUAAUCUAUGAUGCCUAUCUCUUCAGUGUGACACAAGCCGCCAUGAGGAAAGCCACGUAACCAACUACAUGAGAGCAAAGACCGUGAGGAUGGACUCUCUAGGUCCUUCCUGGACUGGUGGGACCAAACAUGUUUCUGCCUUUUUAACAGAGUCUGGUAAUACAAAGUAAAAUGUUUUGUACUGUU